UCCAUCUGGAUUUUGUCUUUUGGCUGGAGUCCCCUCCCUCUUGCCCUCCCCCUCUUUGCCCCCUCUCCCUCCCUUCCUGCCGGCCUCUGCGUAGAGGAUGUGUCUGGGAGUGUGAGAGGAAGGCCGUCAGUACAAUGGUUAUGUGCCUUCGUUCCUCCACCCCUUCUCUCUCUUUCGGGCUCUGAUCAUCCCCCUCGUUCAGUGGUGUUCUGGCCCUCUGGGUAGGCCACUGUUGGUGGUGGACAGGCGGACCGCUGAACUGAACUUAAAUGUCAGACGGAGACAAGAAUGGUGGUGACAAACCUGAAGAUGCGGCAGCGCUCCCAGAGGUGUGGCCAGAGGCGGAGAGGGCAGAGAGCUUGGCCAGGGGCGCGGCCCUGAAGUGGGCAUCGGGUGUGUUCUGUCGCCCUGAGCAUCUGGAGAGGUUAGGACAGUACCGCAAAAGGGAAAGCCAGAGGACCUCGUCCAUCCAGUCAAGACUCAAGUCAGUGGUCCAGUCCUACCUAGAGGGGGUGGGCUGGGGCCUGGAGCAGCUUCGUGAGGCCCGGGAAGAGCUGAAAGAGGUGUCCCGUGCCCUGGGGAAGGCAGGGGUGGAGUCCAGCAGAAACGCAGAGGGAGUCAAGGCUCUGGAGAUGAUGCGAGAAGUCUCUGUCAAUCACUGUCAACUCCUUGCUGCCGUUAGCAACCUGCCACGCCUCUACUCUGUACAGAGCAUGGUAUCGGAGACAGAGAGGCUGGUAGAAUCUCGCCGGCUCCUGGAGGCCCACGCACGUCUGAUGGAGCUGGAGUGCUGGCAGGAUGACAUCCUGUGGCAGCUCCAUGGAGCAGGGGCCCCUGGGACAGCAGGGACAGCCCUCAGUGUCCAGGAUGAGGAGCUGGUCAGGAACUACUUCUCAGGCGUUGGAAAGCUGGUGGAGGCUCUGGGGAAGGAGCUGUGGGCAGUGGUGGGGAGUGGACUGGCUUUAGCCCGGCAGAACCCUACGCCGUUUGUGUCUGCUGUGAGGAUUGUGGAGCGAGAGGAGGCACUGGAUCAGGCCAUGUUGGAGGAGAGAGGAGGUGCAGGGGGGCACAGCAGGCCUCUUCCCUCUGGACGGCCACGCUGCUGGAGGGAGCGCUUCUUCCAAGUGUUGGAAGAGGCAGUGUCUGCACGUUUCCGUAGCGUCUCUUACCUGCACACCCGUGGGCCUGGCCUUGCAGGCCACCUGUCUGCCCUACAGCACGGAAUCAUGGGAGACCUGGCCACGGUGCGCCACCUGCUGGACCACUGCGUUCCGCCCCACUAUAACCUGACCAGGGCCUACCUCCGGGCCUGCCACCGCUGUCUACAGUCACACCUGGGCCAGGUCAGUGGAUGGGAGCUGGAGAGCGGGGAGAUCUUUGCUGUUCUUAACUGGGUCCUACACAUCUACAACAGCUCAGAUAUGAUGGGGCAUCCAGACCUAAUGGUGGAGAUGGAGUCAGAGGAGCUGGGACCCCUGAUCUCCCAGGAGUGUCUGGAACAGCUGCAGAACAAAUACGUACACAGUGUGCGGAAAAGUGUGUCUGAGUGGAUGCAUAAGGCCCUGGAGGUGGAGCUGACAGACUGGCAGAGAGACCAGGAACCAGACACAGACCACGAAGGCUUUUACCUCACCAGCCUGCCAACCAUCAUCACACAGAUGCUGGAGGAGAAUGCACGGGUGGCUCUGAUGGUUAGUGAAUCACUUCGGGAUCAGACCAUACAGAUGGGGCUCUAUGAGAUGGAGAACCUUCUCAAUAGGUUUCGGGAGGCUCUUGUGGAAUUUGGGAAGGAGCACCGCAGGGAUCAGAGCACAAAUCAAAACAAGUUCUACCUCCAUUAUCUACUGGCCUGUAUAAGCAACUGCAUCAUCCUCAAGACCUCCACAGAGAGUUUGCAGCAGCAGCUCUCGUCCCGUUCAGCCAGCCGGUUCUCCCGGACUCCCCCCGGCCCCCUGGCUGCUCUGGACCGAGCAGUGAGGAGGGCCUGCCGCCUGGUGAUGGACCAGCUGCUGCUAGAGCUCCAGCCCUUCCUGCAGGGACUACUGUCUCGCUCCUGGCUGGCCCAGGGAGAUGUCACGGUUACCCUGAAGUUAUGUGGAGUCCUGGAGCGCCAUUUUGAGCUGUAUAGUCGUGUACGCCCACCCUGCCGGCAGCGUUUGCAGGAAGAGUGCCAGUGGCUGACGGUGGUGGAGUAUGUGAGGGUGUUGAUGCAGAAGAGGCUGGUGUGUCGGAAUGCAGAGGAGCGGCGCCAGCUGGCCCAGAGAAUGGCACUGGAUGCCCAGCAUCUGAGGGAUCUCUUCCAGGGCCUGGUGGAAGUGGAGGGAUCAGUGAGUGAGGUGAACCCAAUGGCUUUACUGCCUGUUCUGGCUGACUUCAUCCGGCUUAAAGACCCUAGCAUGCUUACGCUCGAGGUGUCUGGACUGGUGGCCAAGUACCCUGAUAUCAGUGAUGAGCAUGUGUCAGUGUUGCUGGAUGUUAGGGGAGAUGUUUCCAGGGAUGUGAGGGGUACAGUUCUGGACCUCCUGGAGCAGAGCACUCCUCCUCUUCCUGCUGGCUACCGACCCAUCUUCUCUGACAUCCUGGUCCCUACUCCUAGCAUGCCAUUCUGUCUGCCUACUGCCAAGUGUGCCUGACUACAAUUUUGCAGCCUUUAAAUCCACACAACACACAGCUUGUGAUUCAUAAAUUAUAUCAACUUUAUAAUACAUCCAUCCACCGCAUAGUGGAUUGUAUAUCAAGCUUGAUGGUCUGCAGAGUUCAAAUGUAUGUUUAUUGGUCUUGUACACAGUUUAGCAGGUGUUAUUGCAGAUGCAGUGAAAUGCUUGUCCAGCUUCACAGGGUGGUACUAUGGAUAUUGUCUGGUGAGAUGGUCUUAAUGAAUACAUUACAAUUCCAAUGUAAAUCAAUCCUUUUGAUGUUCUGAAUUGAUUGUUACCACAAGAGACUGUACCUACAGAACAUCGGGGGACACCUGUAAUGUGAUGUAUUUUACUGUAUUAUUCAUUGUAUGUAUAUUCAGAUGAACAAUACAUUCUAAAUGAAAA